AUGAACGAUCCGUACAUGCAACAAAUUAUUGAUGGGUCAAAAACCUACGAAUUUCGGAAAUACAGUAUGAUGGGAAUUAAACGAAUCUGGUUUUAUCGCACUGCACCACACUCGGCAAUUACCCACGUUUGUGAAGUCGAGCCUGCAGCGAGCAGAGGUCCAGGUCACGACCCUCUCCCAGAAGAUGGAUUGGGCAACAAGGAAUUCAACGAUAGACAUGCUGAUUGGGAUGGAUAUGACUUUGCGUAUCGCAUCAACUCUGUGUAUGAGAUCAACGCAUCAGGCGGCAUCAAAUGGGCCACGCUGAGAGAUGAGCAUGGAAUGAAAGGCCCUCCCCGCGGGCGAGUUACCUUGCCACAAUCGAUACGAGAGCAAUUCAAGUGGGCAGAGCAGACUAAAAUCCGUUAA